AUGAUGAUGAUAUCUAAAUAUAUUUAUACAACAUUUAGAUAUAGUAAUAAUAAUAUUAAUACAUUAUCAUCAUUAUUAUCUUCAUCAUAUAUAAUAAAUAGUUAUAAAAGAAGUAAUAGAUAUUAUAGUAGUGUGAUUGAAUCUAAAGAUAUUGUUGUUAAUGAAAUUCAGGAUAGCCUCGAAAAGAAUAGUAAUAGUAAUAGCAAUGUAGAUAAAAUUUAUAGUAGAGAUGAAUUAAAACAAAUUCUAAAUGAAAAUAGUAGAAGACAAAACAUUGGUAAAUUAGAGGAUUGGUAUAAUGUCGGUGCAGAUUUAAGUAAAUUACAAAUACCCAAUGAUGUUUGGAAACAAUUCAGAGGAUCACUUUAUUCUUUAUUGAGUUUUGUUGAACCCGAUUUCAAAUGGGAACCAUGGAAGUUUAAUACUUUGACAACAACAACAUCAGAAUCAGAAUCAAACAAUAAGAGUAUUAGUAAUCCAAGAGGAUUCUGGAAGGAUCAAUCACAUCAACUGCUAUAUAUGAAGUGGUUGGCAGAGCAAUUAUCGUUUGACGAUCGUGAAUACGAACGUUGGUAUACCGUUGGAAAAUCACAUUUCAUCAAGUACAGAGGUCGUGGUUUACUAUCGGUCUAUGGCGAUUCCGUCUAUCUGCUACUAAGUUCACUGUACCCCGAGUUUGAAUGGCUGCCUUGGAAGUUUGAUAAUACACCGAAACGAUUCUGGAGUGACAGAGACAAUCAGAUCAGAUACAUAAAAUGGCUGGCUCGUAAACUGGAAAUCAAACAACUGAAAGAUUGGUAUAGAAUAACAAAGCUUGAUUUUCAAGAGAAUUACGGUUCCAGUCUAUUGUCUUUGUUUGGCGGUUCACCUGCAAGAGUAGUUAUGACAUUGAUAGAUCCCAAAGAUCAUCAUGACAAUCUGAAAACUGGAAUGGUAGAGAAACAACAACAUGUUGAGAACAAAUGGCAAAUAUGGAGAUUCACUUGUUUACCUCGUGCUGCCAAAUUAGAUAUAGAGGUGCUGAGAGAGUUUAUACAGUUCGCUGAGAGUCACUACGCGAUUGAGAGUCAAGCCGAUUGGUAUAGGUUGUCGUGGAGUCAGAUUCGUGAUAUCGGUGGAUUCUCGCUGGUCAAGAAGAACGGUGGAUUCUGUCAGAGUCUGGCAAAGAUCUAUCCUGAGAAACAGUGGAAUCCGCUACUCUUUAAUAUGCCUGGGAAGAAGUCGUCGCAACGACUACUGAAGAUCUACUUGGAUCGGCUGUUACACCCGGACUACAAGGUUGUCGAGGACUAUCGGGAUGUCGAUCUUCUAAGGUAUCGUUCUACCAACACCGGAUUCCAAUUGGAUUUCUACUGUUCCGAGUUGAAGCUGGCAUUCGAAUAUCAAGGUAAACAACACUUUUUGGACACUCCACUUUUCGGUGACGCCAAAAUCUAUCGUGAUCGCGACACUGAGAAGCGAGUGAUCUGUCGUGAGCUGGGAAUCAAAAUCAUCGAUAUACCAUACUGGUGGGACAAUCAAGUGGAAUCACUCAUUGGAACGAUCCAAGAGAAUAACGGUCACCAAUGGAUAUCUAAAUAUCUCGAAUCAAUCAAAACCAAAGAAGAUAAUAAUGUUGUUGAUCAACUACAUUUCUCACCAAUACCAAAAACCUAUCAAAAACAAAGAACUAAUAAGAAAGUUCAUUUAUUAUAA